AAUAAAUACUCGAUUGACUGAACAGUGUAAACGACAACUAGAGGAAGUCCAUGGAAUUGAAACUGUGGAUGAAAUAAUCGACCGAAACGACAAUUCUUUCCCAGAAAUUGCUUCGGAAUCGGAAUUGGCCCAUGAGACUCGACUAAUUAUCACUUCCCUCGCUCCGCCCAGUCACCAACCAUGGAGCUCGACCUCAGCUCGUUCCUCGAUGACGACGAAGACGACCAACUCAACUCCAUUCCCCACCGUACAAUCGACGACAUUCUCAAUGACUCUGAUUCUUCCACCUCUUCGUCUCCUCCUCCAUCUCCACCCUCCGCUUCCCGCCGUCUCUCCUCCGAUCCCAACCGUUCAUCCUCCGCCUCCAGACUCUCCUCCCAGUCUUCGAUUGACGGGACCCGCAAGCCUACGAACUGUCCUAAACCCACACAAUUGGAGGAAAGGCGAAUUGGGUCUCGAACCAGUUCGGUUGGGCGGUUCAAGCUCGGCGAUUCGUCCGAUGACGUGAUCCGGAGGGGGUCGAGGCCUUUGCCGUCGUUGUUUGGAGGAGUUCGUUCUAAUGCGAAGCCCGGGGCGGCGCUAGCGGCUGCGGCGGCUGCUUCGAGGUCGAUGCCGACUCCGCACGCCGCAGCGAUCAAAUCGAGGAGGAGUGUUGGGAUUGGGGGUUUUCAGAAGGCUCUCGAAAGUGUUCAAUCGGGUUCCACUAAUGGUACUGGUGUUGCUGCUGAUUCUGAGACUGUUGUUUCUGAUGAUUUGGGUUCCAAUUCUACUGGUGACUUGAAUGUGACUGGUUCGGAAAUCAGUAGUUUAGAUUCAAAGAUAGUUGAAGUUAAUAAUAGUAAUACUGAUGAUGAGAAGACUGAUGAAACUUCAAGAGAUGGAGUUGCGGUGAGUUCUUUUGUGGGUGAAGUUCUUCAUUGUAAAGAAACAGAGAGCGAUGAAUCAAGGGCUGGCAGUGCUGGAGAAGGCUUGUUGGGUGUAAAUAGGGAAACCGAGGCAAGUUUUACUUCAGUGAAUGUUGGGAAGGAUAUUGAUUUUGAUGAGAAUCCUGCUGUUGACCAUGUUGAAAAUAGAAACGUCGGGACUAAUUCUUGUGAUGAAAACGAGCCUGGAGUGGAUGAGAGUUCAGAAUUUGUAGGUGUUAAUGAUAAUAAUGGAAAGGGUAGUUCUUGUUGGGCUGUUGCUGAUAAUAGUGGAGAACUCGCAGUGGAGUCGAUGACUGAGGAAUUAGAAUUGAGAGACUCAAUAAACAAUUUACCUUAUAUGAAGGAUGACAAUGAUGAUGAUCUCGAUGGUGAUGAUGCUAGCUCCACGAGUGAGAUUAAAGAACUUGUGGAGGAGAGAAUUGGGCAAUUAGAGAGCAGGGGAAUCAGUCAACGAGCAGAAAAGAAAUCACAGCCUUGCAUGAAGCCACUUGAAAUAGCUGAAGAGCUCGAGAAGAAACAUGCUUCGACGAGUAUGCACUGGGUAGAAGGUGCUGCUGCCCAACCAAUGAGGCUUGAAGGUAUUCGGAGAGGGUCCACAACAUUGGGAUACUUUGAUGUGAAUGCCAACAAUAACAUCACACGGACUAUUUCAUCUCAGGCAUUUAGGCGCGAUUAUGGUUCACCGCAGGUCUUGGCUGUUCAUACUAAUUACAUUGCAGUAGGAAUGGGAAGAGGGGUUAUUAUAGUUGUUCCCAGUAAAUACUCUGCACAUAAUGCUGACGAUAUGGAAAAAAAGAUGAUAAUACUAGGGUUACAAGGGGAACGAUCUUAUUCUGCUGUAACUUCUUUAUGCUUCAAUCAGCAAGGGGACAUUCUCUUAGCUGGCUACUUUGAUGGUCAUAUUACUUUUUGGGAUGUCCAGAAGGUAUCCGCUGCUAAAGUCAUCUCUGGUGAACAUACAUCACCAGUUGUACAUGCAUUAUUUCUUGGGCUUGAUUCUCAGGCUACACGUCAAUUUAAGGCAGUGACUGGUGAUAGUAAGGGUCUGGUUCUAUUACAUGCCUCGUCAGCUAUAUCUUUGUUUAGCAGGUUCAAUGUCAAAACACAGUGUCUUCUUGAUGGACAAACAACGGGGACAGUGCUUUCAGCUUCACCACUCCUCUUUGAUGAAUCUUUUGGAGGUGCUUCGCUGUCCUCUCAGGGAAAUGCAAUGGGUCCUGCUAGCAGCAUUGGCAGCAUGAUGGGGGGUGUAGUCGGUGGGGAUGCAGGAUGGAAACUCUUCAAUGAAGGCUCUUCUUUGGUAGAAGAAGGUGUUGUUGUUUUUGUCACAUAUCAAACUGCUCUGGUGGUGAGACUAAGUCCAACUUUGGAAGUCUACUCGCAACUUUCUAGGCCAGAUGGAGCUCGGGAAGGUUCCAUGCCUUACACUGCCUGGAAAUGCACGAAACAAUCACACAAUUCAUCAACUGAGAAUUCUCCUACUGAAGUUUCAGAAAAAGUUUCACUGCUUGCAAUUGCUUGGGAUCGGAAAGUUCAGGUAGCAAAGCUGGUCAAGUCAGAGCUAAAGGUAUAUGGCACCUGGUCUCUUGAAAGUGCAGCUAUAGGCGUGGCUUGGUUGGAUGAUCAGAUGCUGGUGGUUUUGACUGUGACCGGACAACUAUGUUUGUUUGCAAAAGAUGGAACUGUGAUUCAUCAAACUAGUUUUGCUGUUGAUGGUUCUCUCGGGAAUGAUUUUGUUUGUUACCAUACUUACUUCACGAAUAUCUUUGGAAAUCCUGAAAAAGCUUAUCACAAUUGCUUAGCCAUAAGGGGAGCUUCUGUCUACAUAAUCGGACCAUCGCAUCUGAUUGUGUCCCGCCUUCUACCUUGGAAGGAACGAAUUCAGGUUUUACGAAAAGCAGGUGAUUGGAUGGGUGCUUUGAACAUGGCAAUGACAAUUUAUGAUGGUCAAGCACAUGGAGUUGUUGACCUUCCUAGGACCUUGGAUGCUGUGCAGAAGGCCAUUAUGCCCUUUCUGGUAGAGUUGCUCCUUUCAUAUGUGGAAGAAGUAUUUUCUUAUAUUUCAGUGGCAUUCUGCAACCAAAUUGAAAAAAUGGAUCUACUAGAUGAUCCCAGUAGCAAAAGUAGUUCUGUGCACAAUGAAAUAAAAGAGCAAUAUACACGUGUUGGUGGAGUUGCAGUUGAAUUCUGUGUACAUAUCAAGAGAACAGAGAUCCUAUUUGAUGAAAUUUUCUCUAAGUUUGUUGCUGUUCAACAAAAAGACACAUUUUUGGAGCUGCUGGAGCCAUAUAUAUUAAGGGACAUGCUUGGUUCUCUACCUCCAGAGAUUAUGCAAGCACUGGUAGAGCAUUACAGCAGCAAAGGGUGGUUACAGAGAGUUGAACAGUGCGUCCUUCACAUGGAUAUUUCUUCCUUGGAUUUCAACCAGGUUGUACGGUUAUGUCGGGAGCAUGGACUUUAUGGUGCACUGUUUUAUCUCUUUAAUAAAGGAUUGAAAGAUUUCAGGGCACCUUUAGAGGAGCUCUUUGCCGUUUUACAAAAUACUCAAAGCGAAGCCAAUUCUGCCCUUGGGUAUCGAAUGCUAGUUUAUUUGAAGUACUGUUUUUCAGGCCUUGCUUUUCCGCCAGGACAUGGUAACCUUCCUCCUUCACGCUUGCCAUCUGUUAGAGAAGAAUUGCUGCAAUUUUUGUUGGAGUCAUCUGAUGCUCGAAAUUCAAGAGUUGGUUCAAGAUUAUCAUCUGGAGCGCCAUAUCUGAACCUUUAUUUCCUCUUAGUAAUGGACACCGAAGCUACCCUAGAUGUGAUGAGAUGUGCUUUUGAAGAAAAUAAAAUUCCACAGCCUGAGCUUUCUUCUCAUAAUGUGGCUGAUGCUGGCAUGAGCACAAAAGAAGAGAACAUUUUAACGGAGAGUCAAAAUUUAUUGGUGCAGCAUACAGUAGAUGCUCUCGUUCAUAUUCUUGAAAAGGGCAUUUCACAAGCAGAUAGAACUUCUGGUGACGACGAAGGAUCAGCAGAAGAGUGGCCAUCAGCAAAAGAAAUAGGUCAUUUGUUUGAGUUUAUAGCACAUUAUGUUGCGUGUGGAAGAGCUAAAGUCUCAAAAGAAGUCCUCAAUAAGAUUUUGGAGUAUUUAACAUUAGAGAAUCUGCAAUCAAGUGCUUCUGCUCAUAGCAGAAUCUCAAAACAAAGAGAAAAGCAGGUACUUGCCCUUCUGAAGGUAGUACCGGAAACUGAUUGGGACACCUCUAAUGUGUUGCAACUAUGUGAGAAAGCAUGUUUUUACCAGGUUUGUGGUCUAAUUCAUACCAUCAGGCAUCAAUAUCUUUCUGCUUUGGAUAGCUACAUGAAAGAUGUAGAUGAGCCCAUUCAUGCAUUCUCAUUUAUCAACAAAAUAUUAUUAGAGCUCAGUGACAGCAAUGACUGUGGUGCUUUCCGAUCAGGACUCAUUUGUCGCAUUCCAGAGCUGGUUAACUUAAACAGGGAGGGCACUGUCUUCUUGGUUAUUGACCAGUUUAAUGAUGAAGGUUCACAUAUUUUAUCUGAACUUCGUGCUCAUUCAAAAAGCCUUUUUCUUUAUUUGAAAACAGUCAUUGAAAUUCAGUUAUCUGGCACCCUGAACUUUGAUUAUUUAAGAAAUGAUGAUCUAAUGAGUAUGAAGGAUAAAUCUGAAGAACUUACGGCUUACUUGGAAAGAAUCUCUGAUUUUCCAAAGAUUCUGCGCAGUAAUCCUGUACACGUGACUGAUGAUAUGAUUGAACUUUAUCUUGAGUUGUUGUGUCAGUAUGAACCUGAUUCAGUUCUCAAGUUCCUUGAGACUUUUGAUAGCUACCGCGUGGAUCAUUGUUUACACCUAUGCCAGGAAUAUGGAAUAAUAGAUGCUGCGUCAUUCUUAUUAGAAAGGGUUGGUGAUGCUGGCAGUGCUCUAUUACUUACACUUUCCAGCCUUGAUAACAAGUUUGCCAAGCUUGCUGAUGCUAUGGGAAGUGGGGCUGCUUGUAUAAAGCAUUUCAGUACUGUCAAAAAGUUGGGAGAGGUGAAGGAAAUAGAAAAUAUAUUGCAUGCCUGUAUUGGAUUGUGCCAACGAAACACCCCCCGUUUGAAUCCUGAAGAAGCAGAGAUACUAUGGUUCAGAUUACUAGACUCAUUUUGUGAGCCUUUGAUGGGUUCAUUUGGUGAUGGAGGACUUUUUGAAGGAGGAAAUCAAAAUAGAGUAUUGGCUGAGACACCCAGCCCAGAUGAUUUUGAAGAGGCGUCCAUCAUCAAUUGGAGAAUUCCAAGAUCCCACAAAGGUGCUCACCUCUUGAAGAAAUUGUUUUCUCAGUUCAUUAAGGAGAUUGUUGAGGGCAUGAUAGGAUAUGUUCGACUUCCAACUAUCAUGUCCAAACUUCUUUCUGAUAAUGGUAGCCAGGAAUUCGGUGACUUUAAACUCACUAUACUGGGAAUGCUUGGAACAUAUGGCUUUGAAAGAAGAAUUCUGGAUACUGCCAAAUCCCUGAUAGAAGAUGACACAUUCUAUACCAUGAGCUUACUCAAGAAAGGAGCAUCUCAUGGGUAUGCCCCUCGUAGUCCAGUUUGCUGUAUAUGCAAUGGUGUUCUUGCCAAGAACCCUUCUAGCUCAAGCAUUCGAGUUUUCAACUGCGGUCAUGCAACUCAUGCUCAGUGUGAGCUUUUGGAGAAGGGAGCAUCCGGUGCUGGCUCCUCAUCUGGAUGCCCUGUCUGUAUGCCUAACCAGAAAUCACAGAAGUCAAGAAAUAAAUCAGUUCUUGUAGAGAAAGGUCUAGUAAAGAAGUUUCCAACGAGACCCCAACAAACACAUGGAACAACAGUUUACCCCCAUGACUACGAUUCGUUAGACUAUGCUAACGGGCUUCAGCAAGUCUCACGGUUUGACAUGUUGAACAUGUUGCAAAAAGAGCAAAGAUUUGUUCAGGUAGAGAAUAUACCUCAGUUGAGGCUUGCUCCACCAGCUGUAUAUCAUGAAAAGGUAAAGAGAGGAACUGAUAUUCUAACAGGAGAAAGUAGCAGUGGUCUGUCAAGAACAGAGAAACAGAGCAGUAGUAGAAGUAGGCCGCUAAAAGAUCUAAAAGUUAAGGGUUCAUCUCUUAGAUUUCCCUUGAAAUCAAAUAUAUUUGGCAAGGAGAAAAUCAGCAAGAGGUGAUGCAACGGUGUGAUGUGUGUAGAUAUACUAACAAUACUGGGUUCGGUAUGAUGUCUAAUAGUUGAGGAUCAAUUUUUAGUAAAGCCCAUGUUGGCUUGAGUGAGAUUUUUUUUUUUACAUUUAAUUUCUGUAUAUUUAUGUAGAAAUGUUCCUUACAUUUUUUUAACAUAUAGUUGCCUCCUGUAUAUGAUCAAAUAGGAAAUUUUGUUUAAAUUUUGAAUAAAAAACCAAUAAUUUGGCGAGGAAAAAAAUGUGCGAUUCGAUUAUUUUCAUC